AUGCGUGCAGCAGCCCGAAGGCUGGCUGCAGCAUCCGAUGAGGCUGGCCUCUGGCGCCGCCGGACGUUUGUGGCAGACUUCUUGGCACGUGGUGGGCCCCGCAGGCGGCCGGGGCCAUCCCGGCCUCGGGAGCUUGUCGCGGCUUUGGUGCAACAUGGCAGGAGCCACGAUUGGCAGAAGGCUGUGCAGCUGCUCCGCGACUGUCCGGCGGAUGCUGGAGCUUGGCACGCGGCCGCGGCUGCAUGCGCGGCAGCUGCACAGUGGAGGUCUUGCCUGGCCACGCUGGAAGGGCGGCUGGAUGACACGCCGAACUGGAACGUGAUGAUGGCAGCGUGUCAAGCAUCUGCACAAUGGCGCGUAGCUCUGGCAAUCUACAGCAAUGCCCUCCACCGAGGAAGGCUUCCUCCGCGUCUUUCUUUGCUCAGUGCUUGCGAGCGUGGCAGCGCCUGGCAUGUUGCGCUGCAGAUUUUGGCUGCUGGAGGUGAAGAUGCUGAGAAGGCCUCGGCGACAGUCAUGAGCGCCUGCUCCCGCGCUCUCCAGUGGCAGCUUUCCCUGUCGCUUCUGGACGAGGUCUGCAGCUCUCGCAUUCGACCGGACGCCCGCAGCCUGACCACCGGCAUCACAGCUUGUGAGCGUGGCCGGAAGUGGCCCUGGGCGCUCACCAUCUUCACGAAGCUUGCGGCCGAGGGCAAAGAGGAUGUUGUGGCCCUCAACGCCACGCUGGGCUCACUGGCGGGACAUUGGUGGAAGGCCCUGGAGCUGGUGAGCGGGAGGAUGGCGGAUGCCACGGAGGGCACCUACCAUGCGCUCCUGGGUGCCCUUGAAGUCUCGUCGCGGUGGUGGCAUGCGCUAGAUCUCUUCUAUGAGGCACAGAGAAAGGGCCUCUGUGGCUUGGUCGGGCUGAACAGCACCUGCAGCGCCCUGGAGAAGGAGCGGCCUUGGGUGGACUCAAGACACUUGGCAGUUGCGUAG